UCAGAUCUUACUGAUGAGAUAUGUUGUGUUUGCCGCUACCCACACAUGACUGCACUCCUCCGCAGGAAUACUACUCAUCCAGAGGCUAACUCUGACUUCAAAGACAGGUGGAAAGUAGAAAAGGAGACACAAAUGAAGAUGUGGGGAAAGAAAAGAAAAACUCAUUCAGUCAGCCUCCUGCUCUUCAGGGCGCCAAUACCUGUGUUCUUGAGAAGUGAUAGUUUCACAGCAUGGCUCGGCUCUAUGGACAGCAGUGCUGAUCUGUCGGCCGUUCUGUGUAGCAGUGGUUGGUGGGUUGCAGCAGUGUCUCAGUGUCUGUCCCGGCUCUCCUGACGGACAGAGGCAGUCCUCCCCUCUGCCUCUCCGCCUGUCUAUCUGCCGGUCUGUCUCUCUGUCUGGCAGUGUGUCUGCCUCUCCGUGUAUCUGUCUGUCGUCUCUGAUGGAGAACGGAGCUCGGUAAUGGAGACGGUCGUGGACCUGGUCUGUCUCUUCCUCCCGCCGCCGGAGACCCGCCAACUCACCGGACACAUGAUGCGUUAAAGGACGGUACAGCUUUUCUCGCUUCCCCACGGAGACCCCACAGUGUCGCUUGUUGUCGUCUUCUUCGUCACCUCCUCUUCAUUGCUUCCUCUUCCUCGUCUGCUCGGGAAGUUAAGCACGAAACACGGAUAAAUCCUCCAAGUCUCCAAGCGGCGCGCUCACCGGAAGGAUUUCUUCCUCUUGGAGCCUGCUUCUUCUCCGACCUCAGCUAAAGACCCUCCAGUCCCAACAAUAAGGAAACCUCGUCCUGCUCAGAUAGAGCCUUCGGAGAAAUGAACUGCCAAUGAGUAACGCUCAAGGUCAUCAGUCAACUCUUCUUGGCCUGGAGGUCUUCUAGAGAAGACCACCAUGAAAGGGUUGGGGACCAACCGUAACAGACACUUGUCUGAAUCCUGUGAUCCCUCUUCAGGCCACCCAGAGGCCCUCUACCCUCACAAGACGAGCACCCUGCCACGCAGCCCUUACCUGCUGAGCCCUUCAAUGGACCACUAUGGCACCAUGGACCCCCACCUCUACCCUUCAGCCAACCCAGACUCUUUUCCACCAGACUGCAUGCUGCCCCUUAACAACCAGCUGUCAAACAGCAGUACCUUCCCCAGGAUUCAUUACAACUCCUACGACCAGUCGGACUUCUCCCCACCUGGGGACAGUAUUGGGGGGAUAAGUACAGGGACCAUGGGGCCAUCCAUGUCCAUGGGCAUGGGAACAAGCAUGGGCAUGGCAGGGUUGAGUGGACGAACACCUAUGAUAACGAGCGGCUCAGCAACUAUAUCACAUCAUAUGACCAAGAGCCAGGCACCCCAAAGUCUGCUGGAGUUUGACAAGCAGCUAUCUGCAGGGCGGGAUGGAUUCAGCACAUUGCAGUUUCAUAGGACGUCUGCUGUUGCUGCUGCAAAGCAGCGAACAGACAGUCCUGGUCGCAUUCGUUACAUGCUGCACUCAGUGCAGAAACUCUUUGCCAAGUCCCAGUCACUGGAAAGCCACAACAUGAAGGGGAAUGUAAAUGGACGCUCCACCGGCAGCGGUGGAGGCUCGUCAAGCACUGAGGACGGAGGGAAACAGAAUCGCAGAUCCAAAAGUAAAGAUCGGGGUACAAAAUCAGAGGCAAGUGCCAAGAGACGGCCACGCUCUAACAUGUCAGGUUACUGGAGCUCAGAUGAUUUGGACAGCAGUGAUCUGAGCAGCUACCACAACACCAUGGCCAUGAUGACUCUAGGGCGUCCAAGUGGCCACGAGAGCCAGAGCAGGUACAUCCACAGCGGCUACAACACCAUUAGCUCUUCCAAAAGCAGCAAUGACAUGAAGUAUCAGGGACUUCCUGGGCCUGGGGGUGGAGGAGGUGGAGGACUAGGUAGAACAGGUGCUAUGGUGAUAAAUGACAAUGACUAUAUGAAAGGAGGGUCCUGGUCCACGUUGACCAUGGGCCAACCGAGACCGGUGAUCCAGAAGGGCUCAGCUACUCUGGACAGGUCCAUGCUCAAGUCCAAGUCCUGCCAACAAGAACUAACCUGCAACUACCUACAGGUUGGACGAAGGGGUGAAUGGAGCACAUUAGGCCACAGCGGGGGUGCCAAUGAAAUCCCAUGUCGGCGUAUGCGCAGCGGUAGCUACGUAAAGGCCAUGGGAGACAUGGAAGACAGCGAUGACUCGGAGGGAAGCCCGAAACCCUCUCCGAAAUCUGCUGCUCGCCGCCAGAGCUACCUCAGGGCUACGCAGCAGUCUCUGAGCGACCAGCUGCCCCCACGCAACAGAACCCUGGAUUAUGCCUUGUUGCAGGGGGAGCUGGACGCCCUGUGGUCUCCGCUCCACAGUGUGUCCUCUCUGCACCAGCUGGGCAGGUCAAUGAGCAGCUGUCUUCCAUCUCUCCGAGAGCUCUCCAAUAACCGCAGCCUUGACAACCUCGACUGCAUCGAGGGUACAGGCUUGUCUCUGCCACGCUGGGACGAUGAUGACUUUAGCCAGGCCUGCAGCACCUUGGGCCGGCGCAGCUGCAUGGGACAGCUACGGGACCUGGACAUGGGUCGUCAUUAUGAGGACCGCAGCUCCGACUCCACGUACAGAGAUUCCCGCUCCCAUUCUCAGGACAACCCAGAGCCUCCAGACCUGCCCAUGCCGACAUGCUUCCGAUCUCGCAGCCACAGCUACCUGAGAGCCAUCCAGGCUGGCUGUUCCCAAGAUGAUGACACAGCGUCCAUAGACUCGAGCUGCUCACACCCUCCGACUGACACCACUGUCCGCACCUACAGCUCCAGCACCGACGACCUUUCCACCCAAUGGAAGACGUGGAAAGAACAGUUUGGCUCUUACCUGAUAGCAACGGGCUUGGACAAAGCCCCAAAGGAGAAACAACUUGCACUUUUUCUGCAGCGUUUUGGGAAAGACAGACCACGCAUCCGACCCUCACACACAGUCUCCACUUGCAUAACCACCUGUAAGAAGGUUGCUCCUCCACCAGUGCCACCCCGUACAACAUCUAAGCCCUACAUCAGUGUGACAGUGCAGAGCAGCACGGAGUCAGCCCAGGACAACUACCUGGAUCAGCAAGACCGGAGGUCAGAGGUCAACAGCCAGUCAAGCCACGCUCACAGCAACUCCUCCGACAGCCUUGAUAGCACCCGUGCCAACAGCCUGGCCCGCAGUAUUCCCCGCCCACCGCACAUCAUCCCCACUCCUAUUGCCAUCCCGAGAGAGCCAAUUGCCCCCACCACCGCCAAUGCUUCCACAGAGACGAGUGACUCAGUAGUCCAGCAUGAAUCCCUGAAAUCAGGACUAAAUAAAGGGAAUCUAGUGGCAGAGGAGCCCUUAGUGGCCCCAGUACCCAGACGGAAACUGUCCUCCAUCGGCAUACAGGUUGACUGCAUCCAGGAAGUUCCACGAGAGGAGACCCCACCACUGGCCAGGUUUCAGUCAAUCGGAGUACAGGUGGAGGACGGGUGGCAGACCAGUCGCUCCAGUAGCAUGGCCUCAAAACAAGAAAUAGACUCAGGCACACAGGACAUUGUUAUUUCCCACAUCAAUAAUACCAAACCCACUGAAAAGAAAAUCAUGGUCAGUAGUGCCAGCCAAUCCAUGACCUUCCCCCCUGGACAGGACUCUUUAGACAAUGGGGACGCCACUGGUGACAUCUCCUCACCACCUCCCCCCAGGCAGAUCCUCAAACGCUCUACCACACGAAGUAGCUCCUCCUCCUUCUCAGAAAGUUUGGACCCAGCACUCGACCCCUCGUCUCUACCACCCCCGGACCCCUGGUUGGAAAGCGGGAACGGCAGUCACAGCAGCGUACCCCAAAGCGGCGGAGGGGGGACGCUGUGUCGGAGAGAUGGCCACUGGUUCCUCAAGCUGCUGCAGGCCGAGACGGGACGCAUGGAAGGCUGGUGCCAGCAGAUGGAGCAGGAGACCAAAGACAACCAGCUCACAGAGGAGGUGCUGGGAAAGGUUCGCAGUGCAGUGGGAAGCGCCCAGCUCCUAAUAUCCCAGAAGUUCCAGCAGUUCCGGGGACUGUGUGAGCAAAACUUGAAUGUGAAUGCCAAUCCACGACCCACAGCCCAAGACCUGGCUGGUUUCUGGGACCUGCUGCAGCUCUCCAUCGAGGACAUCAGCCUCAAGUUUGACGAGCUCUACCACCUCAAGUCUAAUGACUGGCAGCCUGUGCCGUCGGCAGCCGCCCACUCGCCCCCUGAGCGGAAGGACGAGGACAUGGUGUCCCCUCCGGCGUCAAAGAAGCCUGGUAAGGGACGACCCUCGCUGGGCCGUGAGAAGAGCGCAGACUGCUCGUCCACCUCUUCCUCGGCCUCGGCGGAGAAGCAGAGACAGGAGGCUCGCAAGCGUCUGCUGGCUGCCAAGAAGGCUGCGUCAUUUCGGCAGAACUCAGCCACGGAGAGUGCAGACAGCAUCGAAAUCUACGUCCCCGAGGCCCAGACUCGCCUCUGAGAAGAGACAGUGACAAAAGGAAGGAUGUGGGGCCGGAUCAAAGAGUUGGAUAAGUGUGACUGAAAUACCUGCAAAAAGUAGAGGAGGACUUUUGUGAUGCAAAUGAGCUACUCAGAGUAAACAUGGAUGGAGGUGGGGGGAGGAGAGAUGGGGUGGUGGGGGUCAGUUUGGGCAUUUUUGACACUUUCAUAAGUUUAUAGGCUGGUCCUGGUGACAUCAUACACUAUCACCUAAUGAGUCACUUCACUCAGCAGGAGACUUGUUGCGUGCGGCUGCCAGUAAAAACCUCAGUCCACGAACUCUGUCAUUUCUUGUUACUUCUCUUGAUAUCAUAAAAUUGUUAAUGAAGAUAUUGUUACUAUGACGAUUAUAUCCUAAAGAAUCUAUACGAAGACUGUUUUGAAUUUUCCUCUGUCUUGGCUAUAAGAUCUAUUAUGUGGACAGGAGACGAGCGGGCGUGCUCCACUUUGGUCCGUCAUCAUCUUCUCUUCCCAGAUCAUUGGCCAUCUUGUAGCUUUGCACAACGCCGCCUUGUGGCUGUCCCACACACCGCCCACACUACAUCCACUGCACGACACUCGACAAACUCCCACCUAUGUCCGUCUUCCUUGUAUUUAUUUGUUUACUCAUCCUUUGUUUUGUAUAAAAAUCAAAUUAGAUCAGGUUAUUGUGAAUAUUUUUGGGAUGAUGAAAUUGAAAGUCAGGUUUGGGGGGAUGUUAUCUAGUUCCUAGCAAUUAGCUCUUAUAUGUGUGUGUUCUUCAAAAUGUUUUUAUGCCAGAAGAUUUUUAAAGACUGGUUUUGAAUGAAAGCACAUCCCAUUAUUAUGACGUUACAGUGACCGAGCAUGAGGAUCUCAGUUUGAGUCAGGGCGACAGUGGUCACCACAUGUACUGAAUAUUUUUCUUUUGUAAGAAAACGCCCUCUCACAUUUCUUUUACUUGUCUUUGUUCCAUUGACUUCCUGUUUGCGCUGUAACCGCAGAUGUGUCUGUGCAAGGCUUCUUUAAGUGCUUUUAUUAAAAUCACUUAGCAUUCAACUCACAACAUUUCAAGUCAAUCUAGGGCUUUUAUUGAAUUAAUGCAGCAGGCUGAGUAUGAGUGUGUUUUUGUUUGUGGGGACACACGGUAGAACUUGUGUCCUACUGUUUUUUAUACUGAAGGAUUUGAUUUUUUUUGCCGCCGUCACUCAACAAAAUCUUAGUUUUCUUGUUACCAUUAUUGUUUUUCCCUCCAUUGAACAUCAUCUAAAGUAUCUGCACUUUUUUAUUGAAAGAAGAAUAUUUAAUUAAAGCAUUACAUACAUUAGUCAUUGUGUUUUCAUCUUUUACUGAAUGCUGCUUGCUUUUAUUUUCCCUUGGAAGACUGCACAAGCCAAAGAUGAAUUCGCUGAUUCAAAUUCAUCUCAUGUGUUUAAAUGUCAACUGCAGGGAGCCAAGUGGUAACUGCUCACUGUGAAAAUAGAUGGGGUGGAGGACUGUAGCCGCAGCACAGUGUGUAUUACAGAUUCAACGUCUGGAUAUCCACGUGUCCAGGAGCUUGAGCAGAACUGUAACUGUAGAGGAACAUUGAUUGUGGAGAGUUCAGGGUCAAAGUGAGCUGGAAAGUUCAGAAACAAAACAGUUUAAGUGCAACGUGAAAUAUGGUUUUAAAACACUGAACCGAUUUUGAGUCUUCUUCUCUGGAGGCAGGUCUCUAUCAACAUUGCAGCCCUCCUCCUCUGUAUGGAAACACUCAGGCUUCAGUGCUUAGUUUUCAGCCCAUUGUUAUGUAUCCAUACAAUGAAAAAGCAUUCACUGGAAAUUAUAACAAAGAAUGACAGUCCCCUUAAAUUCUAUCAAGCUGCACCAGAUUGCACACUCGUAUAUCAGUUCCCUAAACACGCCUGAUUUUCUGAGUAUUGUCUCUGCCAAGAAGGUUAUGUUUUCACUCCUGUCUUUUUUUUUGGUGGGAUGGUGUGUAGGCAGAUUUUCACAAAUCUUGAUGGAAGGAUGUGGUAUGGGUCAGGGAAGAACUAAUUCAAAUAUUAUUAGAUAUUGCGACAUUUUCACUGUUUUCCGAGGAUUCAUUCUUUGAUCUUGAGAAAAAAAAUCUGGCAUAUUUAUGCUUGUGUGAUAUUUGGUGCAGCUUGAUUUAAUUUAAGGGGGCUGUUGGGCCUUGGCGGAGGUAUGCGUUCUACUGAGUGCCAUUGAAGUUUUCUGGGAAGUUGGUGAAAUUGUCAAAAAGGCCCUCUAUCUCACAAUGUUCAAGAAAGUGAAAAGAAAAUCCUGGAUCUGCCCCAAAAUGUAGUGGGUUCUUUCUUGGCUCAUGUCAGUUGUGUAAAAAUCUGUUUGGUAGCUUUUCCAUAAUCCUGCUGACAGCACUGGUUUACACAUAUUUACAGAAUUACCUCAUGCAUUUUGAAGUUUAGUAUUUCACACUAGAAGUAACGACAGCCCCAACAUGCCUCAGAUCAGCCACAGUUGUUUUCCUGUCUUCCGCUCACAUUUGCUUUCUUCUAAAUCCAGUUGUAAUUAUUGGUAAACCAAGCCUCCUCUUCCUGAUUACUUGUGUUAAACUACAGCACUGUCAUUCCGCUGCUUCAACUGUUGCAAUCCCGCCUCCUCACCCACUGUGACUGAAAAAAAUGCAGCCUGGGGGCUUUGAAUUGGAAAAGCCAGAUCACUGCCAUUCUUUCUUUUUCUUAGGCCCGAGCUUUC